AACUGCUGUAGCCAUGAGAUCAAUCCGAUCGUUUGCCAACGAUGACCGGCACGUGAUGAUGAAGCAUUCGACGAUUUAUCCGUCUCCAGAGGAACUCGAAGCCGUCCAGAACAUGGUCUCCACCGUCGAGUGUGCCCUUAAGCAGGUCUCCGAUUGGAUGGACGAGACGAGCAAGUCUUCUGGGAUGGAGGGCAGCUUGGAGGACCAAGAGGAACCGGCUGAUGGCCGGAGUAGCAAGGAGCAAGGCGGCCGGAUCUUGUGUGGCGUGAUGAGGAUUGGUUUGGUGGCCAAAGGCUUGUUGAUAAAGGACGACAUGGACCUGGAACUGGUCCUCAUGUGCAAAGAGAAGCCCACAGAGACCCUCUUAUCCCUCGUCAAAGACAAUCUACCUGUCCAAAUCCAGAAACUCACAGAGGAGAAGUACCACAUAGAACACCAUCCCAGCGAAGCGGCCAUCGUCGUCCGUAGCACAACGGGGCUCCCGUUAACCCUCAAAGUGACCCUCACCUCCCCACUAAUCCGGGACGAAGCCGAGAAGGAUGGAGACAGUGUCCCGGUGAAAGAGCCUUCGGAUUUACUCAACAGGCAAAAAUGCCUCGAAGCUUUGGCGUCUCUGCGACACGCCAAAUGGUUUCAGGCCAGAGCGAAUGGACUCAAAUCCUGUGUGAUUGUGCUACGGAUCCUGAGGGAUUUAUGCAACAGAAUUCCUACUUGGGCUCCCUUGAAAGGCUGGCCCUUGGAGCUGCUGUGCGAGAAAGCCAUUGGCACCUGCAACAGGCCGCUGGGUGCCGGAGAAGCUCUCCGGCGAGUGUUGGAGUGUUUGGCCUCGGGCAUUCUGUUGCCAGGUGGGCCCGGUGUGCAUGACCCCUGUGAGCGAGAGCCAAUGGAUGCCUUGUUUAGCCUGACUGUUCCACAAAGGGAAGCCAUAACCCAUAGUGCCCAGCAUGCCCUGAGACUCUCGGCUUUUGGCCAAAUCUACAAGGUGCUGGAGAUGGACCCUCUCCCUUCCAAUAAGCUGUUCCAGAAAUAUUCGUGGCCGGGGGCCGACAAAGAAGGCCCAGUUUCCUCUGCCCUCAAGAGGCCUUUUGAAGACGGGUUGGGGGACGAGAAAGACCCCAGUAAGAAAAUGAAGAGGAAUCUGAGGAAAAUCCUUGACAGCAAAGCAAUAGACCUCAUGAAUGCCUUGAUGCGGCUGAACCAGAUCCGGCCCGGCCUGCAGUACAAGCUCCUCUCUCAGUCGGGGCCCGUCCACGCCCCGGUCUUCACCAUGUCCGUGGACGUGGACGGGACGACCUACGAAGCCUCAGGACCUUCCAAGAAGACGGCCAAGCUUCACGUGGCCGUAAAGGUGUUGCAAGCGAUGGGCUACCCCACCGGCUUCGACGCAGACAUGGAAUGCACCAGCUCCGAUGAGAAGUCGGAUACCGAAGGGAAAAAUGAGACUGUGUCUUCAACCACGAGCAAUAAUAAUGGGAAUUCCACAGUUGAUACCUCUGCAACCUUAGAGGUCCGAACUCAGGGUCCCAUCCUCACAGCCAGCGGCAAGAAUCCAGUGAUGGAGCUAAACGAGAAGCGGCGAGGCCUGAAAUACGAGCUCAUCUCCGAGACGGGAGGCAGCCAUGACAAGCGGUUUGUGAUGGAGGUAGAAGUCGACGGGCAGAGGUUCCGAGGGGCUGGCCCCAACAAGAAAGUAGCCAAGGCCAGCGCUGCCUUGGCGGCUCUCGAGAAGCUCUUUUCGGGCCCCAACGCGGCUGCCAAUAAGAAGAAAAAGAUUCUCCCACAGACCAAAGGAGGGCUCGUAAACACAGCCAUGUCUGCAGCGGCCCGAGGGAGAGGACGAGGGGCUCCCAUGCGGGGGGCGUUUGUCGGGGCAGCAGCGGCCACCAGUUACCUGGCACCAGGAUACGCGGCACCCUACGGAUACAACGCAGCAGCUGCCGCCGCACCGGCUUAUGGUCUUCCCAAGAGAAUGUUCCUGUUGCCAGUUAUGAAAUUUCCUACCUUUCCAAUGCCCCAUUAUUCGUUCUUUUAGCCAUCGGCUGAGACUCUUUAUCCGGCUUCCACACACACCAGACAGGAUGUUAGAAGGAAGUGUUGAGAAUCAAGACACUCAGCUUAGUCUACC